UUAUUUGAAAUUAUUCGAAAAUGAUAGAAAGGUGAUAUAUUUAGCCAAGUUAAAAAAAUUUGAAAAGAAUCAGUUUGUUGUUGCAAAGGAAUAUAAUACAUAUGUUAGCCCUGAAUUUAUAUUAAAGGAAAUCAAAAUAUUAUUACAAUUAAAGCAUGAGAAUAUUAUAAAUUAUAUUGGAUCAAAUAUUUACAGAGAUAGAAUAAUAUUAUUUUAUAAUUAUAUGCCUAACCAAAAGUUUAAAGAUUUUUAUUUAGAUUUAGACCUGGACAAAAUAAUCACCUAUUUUAGAAACUUAUUUUCUGCCUUAGAUUUUAUUCAUUGGAAAGGAAUUAUACAUUGUGAUAUAAAGCCUGAAAAUUUUAUAUGCAAUAUUAGAGAAAAAAGUUACAAAUUGAUAGAUUUUGAAAAUUCUGCAGAAUUACCCAAUAGCUCUAUGGAAAAGCACUUAUGGAUAUAUAGCCCCUGAAGUAUUGAUUUUGCCCUCUUGUAACACUGUCUAUAGAGAUAUGUGGAGUGCAGGGAUUAUUUUAUUGUCUAUUUUAUCAGGAUGCUAUCCAUUUUUCAAUAUUAACUUUUUAAAAUAUCAAAAGUUAUCA